AAAAUUAGCGCCAAAUUUGUGUAUUGAAACUGACAACAAAGGAGAAAAUCGCACUGAGAACUGAGAAGAGGUCAUUCAAGCUGAAAAUGAUGGAAACCAUGGAAUGUCCACCAUCAAAGAAAUUGAAGCAAGGACGUUUGCCUUUCAAGCCCCUGGAUCCUGUUGGCCAGACAAGGCCAGGAGGCACACCACCGGGAUGUAAGAAACGCAAACUAUCUGACAAUGAAUCUCCCAGUGCUAAACAGAUCCGCACCAGUGUAACUUCCCUUCCUAACAACAAGCUACCAAGUAAUGAAUGUGAUCAUGAGGUUAGUAGCAGCUCGGAGGCUGAAGUUGCACUCGAAAACCCACUUUUGAAGCCUGGGAAAAAGUUGAACACACUGGACAAAUUCUUUGCAAAAAAGCAACCUAAUUCAGACCAAGGGGAGAUAUCUUCCACCAAUCAAAUUGAGAUUGAUCUUACCGAUGAUGUUAAUGAGGAAAGUGAAGAUAAUUCUACAAAGAAAGUAAAUGAAAAUGACAUUGAAUCCAAGACGUCAACAAAUGUUGCAAAAGGUGAUAAUAAUGAUAACCAUUCUGUGAAUGAUGAGAAGAAAGAACAAGUGGCAGAGAAAAACGAUGAUUCCAAAGAUAGCACUGACAAUAAGGAAAAUGAUGAUGAUGGUGUGGGUGAAGUAUCCUUUAUUCAGGACUCAUCAGUCUGUGAAGAUGCUCUUAAGACACCUGCCAAAGAAAAAGGGCUGGAGUCAAUCUUUAAUACUCCUGCAGCUAGUGGUGACUCGGCUUCCUCAACCCCUGCACAAAACUCUGCAUCAGGAAGUGAAUGCACUCAAAGUCUGUCCGACAAAAAGAAAUCCAAGUCUAUGUCUGAGAGCAAAAAGAAGGAGCGUGACGAGCAGCGGCAGCGGGCAAAGGAGGAAAAAGAACGUGAACGGGAGGAGAGAAAGAAAGAGAAGGAACGCGAGCGUGAAGAAAAGAAACGUGAACUCACGGAGAAAAAAAAGCAGAAAGAGGAACAGAAGGAGAAGGAAAAGGCUGAGAAGGAGAAAGCUAGACUUGAAGAGAAGGAAAAGAAAGAAAAAGAGCGACAAGACAAGUUGAAACAAAAGGAGGAAGAAAAACGAAUGAAAGAUAAAGAAAAUGAGGCAAAGCUUGAAGAGAAGAGACAGAAGGAGGAAGAGAGGAAAAAGAAAGACGAGGAAAAACGCAAGGAGGAAGAAGAAAAGCAAAAGCUCAAAGAGAAGAAAGCUGAGAAAUUCAAAGGUUUUUUCAUACAGAAGGAUCCUUCCAGCUCACCUCCAAAGCCUAAUGAAGUGAAGGAAGGAUUAUUCAUGCCGUUCGAGUGUAUGCCCCACAUGAAGCUUGCUCCGUCCACCCGUAGACAACCCCUGACCCAUGAUGCCCGCACACAGCUGGACAAACUUCUCAACACACAGAUCUGUGAUAAAACCUAUGUGAAGUCAUUGAAAUCUGCGGAGUUUGUUCCUGGGAAGUCUUUAAAGACAUGGCCAAGGAAGCCUGAAGAAGACGAUGAUGUAGAGAUGCUGUCACAUGACGCAGAGACAAUCAAAAAGGUCACUCACCGUGUAAAGUUUCUCAAGUUCCGGGAGAAUAAUAGGCCUGCUUACUAUGGCACCUGGAGCAAAAUCAGCAGAAAACUGUCAGCCAGGAACCCCUUCAGGCAGGAUGAGGAGUUGUUAGAUUACGAGGUUGACUCUGAUGAUGAAUGGGAGGAGGAGGAGCCUGGAGAAUCUGUCUCCUCUGACGAGGAGGAUGGUGAUGAGGAGAAGGUUAUGGAGGACAUGGAUCCAGACGCGGACGACUGGAUGGUGCCUCAUGGGUACCUCUCUGAUGACGAGGGACUCAAGGAUGAGGAGGAGGUUGACCAAGCCAGCAAGCAGGACCUGCAGCGUGUGCGGCAGGCUGCGUGGGAGAGCGAGUUGAAGCGGCAAGCAAAACCCCUCAAGAUGAUCGCCAUCGGGUGUGUGUGGGAGGCAGACAACACAACCACCAUCGCUGCACAGCAGCUAGAAACACUCCUCAAGUUUAAGGCGGUUUGUCUCAUGGAGGGUCCUAUAGACACUAGCCUGACUGGCAGUUCCAAAAAUGACAGAACACAGACCUCAGGGGAUGCAGGGGAGGGGAAAACACGACUUAGCCUCAAGGCAAAGGCCGUCCCUGAAGAAGGUAUGACAGAUCUAAUCCGACUGGUGCAUGGCAACCCAAUGGGCAUGAAAAACAUGGUGAAAGAAUUCCAGCAUUUCUGGCAGAAAAAAGUGAGUCAGGACAGCACUGGGACUGACCAAUCAGAACCUGCAAAAUUGGACAACAGUAAUGGCAAAUCUGAUGCCAAAUCAGCAAACCUUGAAACUAGUAUGGAGGUUGGUGAGAAAGGUGAUAAGGUGGAGAAGUCUGGCCCGGAUGAUGGCAAGGUGGAGACCCAGGAUAAUCUGAUCAUCUCUAAGAGACAGCUGGAUAAAAAGAUACUGGCUAUUGCUUGUAGGGAGAAGAGACCUGAUCACAAGAAGGUUUGCUGGUAUGUUAAUGCUGACAUCUUAAAACAGUAUGGGAUGGAAGAUAUUCAGCUUCCAAACAGCUGGGAAUAUGUUAAAGUUAAGGCACCCACUUGGGCUCGCGAGAAAACGCCUGCUCCAAAACCUGAGGAGACAGCGACACCUAAAGCACCACCGUCUGUGCCGAAGAUAAUGCAGUUUGCUCAGCCUAUGUCUCCUGCCCAGAUACAGGCCAUGGGAACUGUAGCAAACAAGGAUGCAAAUAAGGAAAGCAAGCAGGAGGAAGAUGAAAAGCCUGUGAAAGAAGUGAUGGAGAUUUCAGCUGGUGAAAACCCUGCAGAGAAUACGCCAUCUAAACCUGUCGUCCCUCCAGAUCAGCGAAGCAUCAUUGACAUGUUCUCACCAGCUGCGAGAAAAGCUCUGAAUAGUUCUAAAAAAAAAUCUAGUCCAAAUAUGAAAAAAACCUCUGGUUCUAUACAAGAGAAGAGUGCCAAAGAAAAGGCUGAUGCACAGUCAAGCAAUGAAAAGACGCCGGCCAAACAUACGACCCCGAAAGCUGGGAUGUCCCCUGGCUUGAACCUGCUGAAUAACAUGAUGUCUUCUCCGGAGCUGAUGAAAAAAUCGCCGAAACAAGCCACACUGGAGGCUAGGAGUGAAAGCACAACAGAGGAACCUAUGGAUGUUGAUAUAAUUGUGCUGGAUUAGGAAGUGUGUUUUUCAUACUUUUUGAAUGGCUUUAAUGAAAGAAACGAUCUAAGUGGGUUAAAUAAAAGGUAUGGUGUAAAAGGACAGUGUAAUGGUCAAUGAACUAUUCAUUUGCAAACUUGUUUGGACGAGAAUGUCUUCGAUGUUAGUUGAUUUGAACAGCAUCUGGAGUUUAUCCUAUGUGAUUGUAUAGGCGGUAGUAGAAUUAUUUUAAUAAAUUACAUUAUUAUUUAUGCUGUAAUUGUGGAUUCUACCGGUAUACAAAUGUUUUGUGGUUAUUUAUGAAAGAAUAUUUUAUGCAAUUAUGCAGAACAGUGGUAAAUCAUGAAUUAUUUAUUAUUAACUAAUUAGAUAAAAUAUCGAAUACAAUGUACGAGUAAUUUUAACUUAUUGGAUAAUUGUUGUUAUAUAUAUGUAUUUGGUAACUAUGGUAUUGUUAUCCUAGGCUUUUGAAGAAAGCCAUCGCACUUGUUCAGCAUAAUCAUGUACACAUGUAUUUCUGUAGUCUGGAGACUUGCAUGCCUCAAACUUACACUUGUUGUAUAAACUAAAUGAUUGGUUCAGUAGCGUUCGUUUACUGGAAAAAAAAUUAAAAACAAACACCAACAUCUUAUCUGGUUUCGUUUGUAUAAAUAAUUAUGAUAAAUAAGCCCAUCUGCUUUCAAGGAAAAAGGCUGUUAAUUAUGUGGUUAUCAUGUAUUGUCAUUGUGAUGGUAUUGCUUUGUGUUUUCAUAGUGAUGGUGCCAUCAUUCGAAUAUUGUCAUAGUGAUAGCGUUGUCGUCAUAAUGAUGGCGUCAUUUUCAGAAGUUGCCAUAGUGAUGUCGUCUUGAUAUACCACCGUAGUGAUUGUGUUGGCCUUAGACAUGUCAUACUCAUAGUGAUGACGUCUUAGUCAUAGCGAUUGCGUCAUCAUCUGAUAUUGUCAGUAACUGCUUUGUCGUCAUAUGUCAAACUUUGCUAGCAUUGUCAUCUUACAUUAUCAUGGUCAUAGCUAAUUAUCAUAUAUAAUCAUAGUGAUUGUGUUAUCGUCAUUAAUUGUGACAGUGAUGACGUCGUUAUAUAUCGGCCUAGUGAAUGCGUCCUCGUAUUGUU